CUUCGUAUCCCAUGGUUCUACAAUCCCUAGUUCAUUCAAAACAGGUCAACGUGAGUCUAGUUUUCAGAGGAGUUUAUUCCCGGAAUUUGCCUCAAUUCCGGUUCGAUGGAACUGUCCCCUAGGCGUUCCCAGUGCAAGAAGCCCAGGAAGAGCGAGGUGGCCUUGUCCGAGGUCACGGCCGCGCUCAAGAACGCGGCCAUCAACAAUAACAACAACAGUCCUCCGCCGAGCAGAGCCGUCCGCAGCAUCAGCAUGCCAGCUCUUGGAGAGCAGAACAAGGUCUUUUCCGAGAUCUGCAUCGACUUCCCGGACGUCUUGUCCAACGUCACGUGCUCUGAACUUAUCAUUGAACUCAUCAAAUACAUUUUAUUUAUGAAAGAACAAAUUCCGUACCAGUACAACCAGCUCAAAUAUGUGGUGGAUAGAAAGAAAAAGUGGGACAUAGAAAAGGGCAAAGGUGGACCUGCUGCAAAGGUAGCUAGACCAUCAGCGAUUUUGGCUGAGAAACAUUACAGAAAAGCCUGCUGUGCCAUUGAGAGUUUGGAAAAGACUUUUGAGAGCAUUCGCCAAGAUGUGCAAACGGCGGACAGUUUUGCCAUCGUCAUUGGGGCCACUGUCGCAACUCCACAAGAACUCUACAUAGUUGAAUUGCCUGCAAUGGUGCAAGUUCCACAAGGGUCCCCUCCUUCGAGAAUUUGUCUCACUCGUUUGCUCAGGGAAAUGAUAGCCUCGGAAGGGAUGCAGAAACUGAUUGGCAAGCCUUUCCAUCCGACAAACACAUUCCUCCUUUUGCACAAGACUGGAUCAAGUGAAAACUCAUGCUUUGACCCCAAGCCCAACUUCACCCUUCCCAAACGAACUCAGCGUGUUGUCAUGAAAUUCAACCAGCCUCCGUCAAUUGAAGACCCGAACAAUUUCAAGGUGUUCAGUGACAUGGGGGUUGAGAGCAUGGAGUGUGACGUGGAAAAGGGAAAAGGCAUUUGGUACCAAGCCAAGUCUUUAGUGGCAGGCUUCAAAGACUGCUGGAUUGGUGACGAGUGUGCCACUGAGGUUUGGCUCAAAGUUUGAGUCGGAACUUGAAAAA